GAACCUCUGGACGGGAAUCACCACGUGACUCUCGCGCGUCUGUUUUGUUUUCCCUGCACGCGCUCGGCUCUCUGUUGCGUCCCGCACUGAUUAAUUGGGUCGGUAUCUCGUGCACGCGCACUGGUUCUGCUCUGUUCGAUCCGGUCCAGUCCGGGCUGUGAUGAUGUGCACACCGGCCCUGCUGCUCCUCCUCCUGCUGCUCCUGCUCGGCUGCUGCAGCGGCUCUGGUCCCGGAGCUUCUCCUGCCGCUGCCGGUUCGGUAGAUUUCGGUUCGGUACCGGGAGUUGUUUACGAAACCGUUGCGUAUUCCGAGCCCGGACCGAUCGGCCUGCUCUUCAACAUGAUGCGCGCCUUCCUGCACGUGGUCCAACCGAACCCGUUCCCUCAAGAUCUCGUCAUCCAAGUGGCAAAGGACAAGUUCGGAGCUGUCAAGUCUGAGUACCAGAAGCCAGAGAACAUUGUUCUGACACUGCAGGUGAUUUACUAUGAGCUGGGAUUUGUGGUGUGCGCGAUCAUGGGCAUUCUCUUCAUCGUGCUCGUGCCGCUUGUCGGAUUGCUGUUCUGCAUGUGCCGCUGCUGCGAUAACUGCGGAGGAGAGAUGCACCAGAGACAAAGGAAAAAUGCAGACUGUCAGAGAGGACUGCUGACCACGCUCCUGCUCACCACCACAUUCAUCAUCACAGCUGGGGUCUUGUGUGCAUAUGCAGCCAAUCAGAACCUGAGUUCACAGCUGAAGACCAUGAGAAGGCUCAUCAACAGUAACCUGAGAGACUUGUACACCUUUGCCAACACCACACCAGCACAAAUCGAUUACCUGAUAUCUCAAUAUGGAACUGCUAAGAAGCAGGUGCUCUGUGAUCUCGACAAUGUAGGUCAGUUAUUGGGGGGAAGGAUACAUGAAGAGCUGGGAAAAGUGGUGCUUCCUGCCCUGGAUGAGGCACAGAACAUGGCUGGAGUGAUGCAGGACACGAAGGAGGCUCUGGAGAACGUCACUGUGACAUUGGGGGUUCUGCAAGAGGGCACAGCACAGCUACAGUCUAACCUGAGCAGGGUGCGAAUGGACAUCUCAAACACCCUCGAUGACCCGGCAUGCGCUAGCUCGUUUUCACGCACAGUUCACGUCUGCGUCAAAAUCCUCAGCUCUCUCAGCCAACUGGAGAUCAGCGCUAACUACACAGCGCUGCCUGGUGUGAGUGAGCAGUUCGCCAAAGUGGACGAUGUUUUGAAGACCAAUCUCGGCCAAAUAGUUCACAAGGGGUUUUUAGCCUUCAACGACACCCCAACCAUAGUAAAAAACCAGACCAGAAAUGUAGCUGAAGGAGUCCGUGGUUUGUUGAAUGGCAUCGGCAACAACAUCACCAGAUUCUCCAAGCUGUUUCCGGUGCAGACUGUCGUCAACAACGUUACCAUUUUCAUCAGUCACACACACUCCCAAAUUGAGGAUCUGUACCCAGAGAUCGACAAAAUGGACUUCUAUAGGUGGAUCGGCUGUAUCACACUGUGCUGCAUGGUGGCGCUUAUCGUCGCCUUCAACUUCCUGGGUCUUCUGUGUGGAAUCCUGGGAUUUGACCGACACGCCUCUCCUACGACCCGCGGCUGUGUAUCCAACACUGGAGGGAACCUGCUGAUGGCUGGUGUGGGCUUCAGCUUCAUGUUCUCCUGGGUGCUCAUGGGAGUGGUGACGGUGACGUUCGUGGUGGGGGGGAAUGUUGAGAAGCUGGUGUGUGAACCUUUCCACUCCAGAGAGCUGUUCAAGGUGUUGGACACUCCAAACCUGGUGAACCCUUCAUGGAAGCACUUCAUCCCUGGAUACCUGUAUAACGAUCCGGAAAUGGAUCUCACCGUGGAAAACAUUUACAGUAACUGUAAGGAGAACCGUGGGGUUUAUUUUGCUCUCCAGCUGGAUAAAGUGUUCAACAUCUCAGCCUUGCUCAACACCAGCUUGUACACUAAGGAUGUGUCUAAGAAGUUUGACGGUCUGGAGGUGGAUCUGAAGACCAUCGUCCUGCUGAACGCAGAGGGCAAACAGAACCUCAUCAGCUUCACUGAGACGGGCAUUAAAGACAUCGACUUUGCGGCGUAUAUAGAGGAGCUCAAUAAAGGAGUGACCCGUGUCGACUUGCUGCUGUUCGCCAAUGACCUGGAUGCUCAAGCUGACCAACUGCCUAAAGGACCUGUACAGUCUUCACUCAAGGAGCACGUUAACACACUGCGGGAAAUCUACACCAAGCAGGUCGUCCCUCUUCAGCAGUCCAUGAGCACGCUGAACCAGAGCAUCAGGUUUCUGGAGAUGACCGCCUCAGAUCUACCAAACAAAGUGUCGGAAAUAAUUCAGGCCGUCGAUGCGGCGCAGUAUCUCAUCUCGCAUAACGCAACUUCGACUGUCAAUCAGGAAAGUGAGAAAUACAAGCAGACCAUCAUUGGCUACUUCAAACUGUAUAUCGAUUGGAUCAAGACAUCACUAUUGAUGGAAGUGGCCACAUGCAAACCUGUUAGUAACAUCGUGGACACUGCAGAGAUUCUGGCCUGCGGAUUAUUCUUCGAUUCGAUGAACACGUUCUGGUUCGGUUUGGGCUGCUCCGCUCUCUUCCUGCUGCCCAGCAUCAUCCUGUCCAUAAGGCUGGCCAAGUUCUACCGCAGAAUGGACACCGAGGACGUCUACGACGACAUUGACACAAUUCCCAUGAAAACCCUCCCUGCCUAUGACACUAUGACUCGAUUCCCAAGAGCCUCGGCGCCCCCUCGCCAUGGCGACUGGUGACACCAAGGAGGAACCUUUUUGUUUUUUUUUUGUUUUUUCCUCAUCAGUACUCCACAAAGUGCUGCUGGAAACUGACUGAAACUCUAUACUACCAACCUGAUGAACAGCAGUUCCAGUAUAAAGCAGAGGAUGGGAUCGGAAAAGGACGCCACAACCUGGGCUCCGUCUUCGUUUUCCACUCUACGCUGAGUUUCAAGUUUAUUAGUAACUAAUAAACUAGCAACUCCGACACUGGAACUUUUGUGAACUUUACACGGAUGGAUAUUUUUCCUUAGCAAACAUCACAUCAGACCAUAACGACAGUCUUGGAGUCAGGGACGUCAACCACGUACAACAUUCAGCCACUGUAUACAGUAGAUACACAUCCUUGUUUACAUCAUUGUGCAGUCAGGUUUUUUGUGCAACUUGGACAGUCUACAUUCAUUUUUUUUUUUUUUUUUUUAAAUCUCCUGAACUUACCUCUCCAGGUUGUCUGAGGGACGAGACUGGAGGAUGUUUUUUUUUCUUUUUUAAUUGUAUAAGGCAUUAACUACCUGCAGCACAAACUGCUGUUUAAAGGGACCAUGCCAUUUAUGAGCCAACAACCUUUAUUAAAUAUAUAGAUAUAAAACACACAUGCUUGUAUACGUGCUAAUACUGUUGUGAUAAUGCAAUAUGGGAUCGCUGUUGAGCCAUGCACAGGCUGAAUGAACUUUUGCCUUGAUGUUUAUGGUGUAGUUAACGUCACCUUGAAAUUGUACGUAAGAAAACGUUCUUCUUUGGUGGACAAAUUGCCGUCCUCGUCACUUCUGUGUCUUGAAAUUCUCGAGACGCUUUUUCUACAUAUAUAUAUAUCUAAUACCAUCUCUAACUUUUUAGAGGAAAUAACAAUAUGGCAGUUUUGAUGUAAUUUAGUUUCUACGACCGAACAUUUUUAAAGCACUGCCCUCCUUAUGAUACUAACAUGAGCUGGAGUUUGUAGGCGUAGCUAUUAAACUCUCCACACAAAAAAAAAAACCACUGAUCACCGAUGCCAAAUCCUGUUUUUUGUAGAUCUCAGGUCUCUUAGCUAUUAUAAAUCCUGUUUUUCUUGGCAAUUUCAAAUGAUCACUGGCAAACUGUUGAGGUGUGAAUGUAAAGCGUCACUGUGUAAAAAAAAAAAAAAUAGAAACAAAGAAACAACAAAAAAAAAAACCUGUGUAAUUUUUAAACAAAUGGUACCAGGAGCGAAUUUAUUUCACUGCUCAUUUGUUGCUAGGCCUUCAUAUUUCUGUAUGUGAUAAUAAUGUCAGGUGCUAGAUAUUUUUUGAUCAUAACUGUUCAUGAUGUGAGAAUUAUAUAUGAUAUGACAGUGUUAUGCAGGCCUUGAAUAAAAUGUUUACCUGAUUUCUU